GCAAUGACAAAAUUAAAUUGAAAUAAAAUUAAAUGGAGAUAAUGACUCUAGUUUGUAGUAAGCAGAUCAUUAAAUUGAUGUAUGCAAGAGUAGUUGAGAUGAAGUUGCAUGUUUUCCUACCUCUUUUGGUGGGUAUAACUAUGGUAAUAGAUAUGACUUCUAAUGAUAAUGGAGAACAAGCAGAAAACACUAGGCAAUUAUUUCUUGAUGAUAUCACUGAUGACCUCGACUGGCGUAAACCCCUCCACCAAGUUGCUGCUGGCCUCGUUUUUCUCGCCUGGCUUCAAUGGUACUCAUUCCUGUUCCGGUCUCUGCUGAUAGCUGGUGAAAUCUGCUUCAUCGUGUGGGCUUUCGUGUACCCUUCGAAGCUUGAGCUGGACACCAUCAUCUGGAAUGGGGUCUUGAUCGUUAUCAACUUGGUUCACAUACUGAUGUUCAUGCUGAGUUUUGUGAAGCCGAAGCUGACGCAGAAAGAGCGAGAGAUAUACCAGCAAGACUUUAAGUUGUACUUUAGAGAGGGUGAUUUCAAACAGUUGAUGAAACAUGCUGAAGUUGAAGUGGUAGUUACACCUCAAGCUUUUACUAAACAGAAUGAGGAAAUUACCCACUUAUAUUACUGCCAUAUAAUAUCAAAGGGAUCUAAAUGCAGCGCAUCACAAAAUAACAAGCAAAUUUAUUCAGUGAAGAAUGCAGAUUGGCUUGCAAUCUAUGAUUCUUAUUCUGCUCUAAACUCUGAUAAAGUGGUGUCAUGGAAACAAAGAAUUGAAUGAGAAUUUUCUGAUAACAGUGCUCAUAUUGAAGUGGUAAAAUUCGAUUUACAAAAACUACGUCAGUAUUUUGCUAAGAAGCAGUCUGUACGAGUCAAAAACUCAUUCUAUGCAUAUUGGUUUCAUAAAAGAAGUCAACAUCUCCAAGAAGGUCCUUGUCCACCAUCAAUCAUCUACAAAAAUGCUAGAGAAUGAACGAUCGACUAUGUCGAGAGCUUUUCCAAGAAGAAAUCAAAGAGUAAAUCCAAAAAGGGAGCCAAGCAGGGGUCAGGCGUCUCUAUUCCAAUCAAGAACAUGCGUUAUAUCAGUAACACUAAGACUUCAGCUUCUCCUUUCAAUAAGAAUCAAGGACAGCAUGAUUAUAAAAGCAAGAAGAAAACCAGGUCCUUUUCCAUUAUGAAUAACACAUAUCCUCGUGCUCCACCUUUUAUUCAUCCAGAAAAUGACAAAAGUUAUUGCUCUAAUGAAGCCUGCUCUUUUUGAGAAAUGGGUAGUUUCGACAUAACUACACCUAUCGCCAACGAGACACAGGACUAUUUACAAGGCAACGAGCAUGUAUUUACCAGAGGAUAUGCCAAUACGGAUUCCAAAACUGAUAGAAGAGUUCAGUUUACUUAAUAAAACCAAUAGGGAGAUUCCAAAGCACAAGUGCAGUAGAUUUAAAUAU